CAAUAGAGCAAAAAUGGCGGGUGCGCACUUUGACCUAAUCUUUGCUCGCCGGUAAGAGAAUCGCAAGCAAAAGGGGGAAAUGGCUUUCGCGGCGAAUCCUUUGUCCGUAAGCGUUCCCGACGAAGCAUUCGAGUCCUGGCUCCGGGAUUCCGGCUACCUCGAACUCAUCGACCAACACUCCUCCUCCACGGCCGCCACCACCGUCAGCGCUACAGCAGCCAACGAUUUCGACCACGCAUCGCUAACCAGUGGAUUCUUUUUCGAUUCCUUGUUUCCCGCCAUCUCCGUCCUUCUCUCCGUCUUCUCAACCAACCCUUUCUCGAAGCUCACCGCCGCUGAUUUCUCCGCUCCGACUCCUUCCUGGACCGGGGCCUUCAUCGGGGAUUGCGGGUCCUACUCGUUUCCAUCCGGAUCGCAUCAGGCCAGGAUCCGGGUUACGGAGAAUGUAAAGCGUUAUGCCAGGAAUUACGCAACUCUCUUCAUUGUCUUCUUCGCCUGUUCUCUGUAUCAAAUGCCACUGGCUCUCAUCGGAUUGAUUUCGUGUUUGGCUGUUUGGGACAUGUUUAAGUUUUCUAAUGAAAGAUGGGAAUGGGAUAGGUACCCUGUACUUCGACAAGUCUUGGUUCGCGCUGCACAAUGUGGUGAGUGCCACUGCCAAUAUUCAUUGUCGAGUUUAUCUUCUGCAAUCAGUCCUCCUGUGACAUUUUUGUUGUAUAUAUAUAAGUGAUGUUAUGUGUCGUUUUCUUUGCUGAAUCAGUGUUGUAUACCACUUGGCUACUGGAGCAUAUCCACUUUUAGUUUCAUGAACAAAACAUUUCCUUGGCUUACACCAGUUUCUUAACAUCAUAGAAAGGAUAGGACAAUUCAGUUUAUAUUGUUGUUAGUUCUUCUUAGAAUGUGGAAAUCGGCUUCAGUAAUCUGAAAGCAGUGUUCUUCAAGAAACUGAACCAAUAAAGUUAAAGAGGACAGACUCAGCUGUAUACUUUGUACAUUGACAAGACACAUUACUUCUCAUUGCUUGUGUUAUCACUUAUCUGCCUAAAACUGUAUUUGGAUGCUGCGAUAUACAAAACUGGAUUUCUUUUUCACCCCCCUUUUUCCCAGCUCGAAUUUGCCUCUUCUACGUUUCUUAUCUUUGUUUUCUUCUAUCUGGUUCUGGGAAAUGUUCCUGACAAAGAGUGAAUGAAUCAUUUUUCUCGGCAACAUUAUCGUUCUGCUAUUCUCUGUUAUAUUGUUGCAGCAACUGCAGUUGUUUUGAUAAUCCUGAAUGUUCAAAAGGCUCUCCUUUGUGCUAUUGCGGUCAGCUACGCAGGUUAAUUAUGUUUCUGCCUCCUACCUUCCCAGCAUCUAACUAUAUAUAUAUGACUCACUUCUAUUGUCACUCCAGGAAUUGACCAAGUGAAACCGCUUCCUAAAGCGUAGUAUAGCGGGUUUGGGUUUAAUUAUCAACCCGGGCCCUAGAUUUGAUGAUUACUCAGUGAAUUCUUGUUAUCUAGCAAUGAAACUGGAAUGCAAGU